AACCAGUGUUACAGAGGGACAGACCGCUGCUUAAAUGUCCCGUUUGGGGAUGAAGAGAGAGACUGGAUGGGUUGGUGUGUGCAGAGAGAAAGGGGGAAUACACUUCUGCCUUAAAUUGGUCUGAUUCCUUGUCUCGGACGACCCGACUCUGUGAUUAUUACGCAUCAUGGCUAAGCUGGUGGAGUGUGUGCCCAACUUCUCAGAGGGCCGGAACAAAAAGGUGAUUGAUGCCAUAGCAGAGGCUAUCUCCAGCACGGAGGGAUGCAGUCUGCUCGACGUGGACCCUGGAUCCUCCACCAACCGUACAGUCUACACCUUCGUAGGCUCGCCACAGGCUGUGGUGGAGGGUGCACUGAACGCUGCACGCACUGCCUUCCCACUCAUUGAUAUGACCAAACACUCAGGGGAGCAUCCACGGAUGGGCGCCAUGGACGUGUGCCCCUUCAUCCCUGUCCAGAAUGUCACUAUGGAGGACUGUGUCAACUGUGCCAACAUUUUUGCCCAGCAGUUAACAGAUGUGCUGCAUGUACCUGUGUAUCUUUAUGGAGAAGCAGCGAGGAAAGAGAACAGGAGAUCUCUUCCCUCUGUCCGGGCAGGAGAGUAUGAGGCCUUGUCUGAGAAAUUGAAGAGGACAGAGUGGGCUCCUGACUAUGGCCCUGCCACCUUCGUGCCCUCCUGGGGAGCUACAGUAACAGGCGCUCGCAAAUUCCUGGUUGCCUACAACAUAAACCUUCUCAGCACCAAGGAACAAGCCCACCGGAUCGCACUAGAUAUCCGGGAACAGGGCAGAAGCAAAGACCAGCCGGGUCUGCUGAAGAACGUGCAGGGAAUGGGCUGGUACCUGGAAGAGGCGAACAUAGCCCAGGUGUCCACCAACAUCCUGGACUUUGAGCUGACACCCGUCCACACUGUUUACGAAGAGAUCUGCAGAGCUGCCAAGGACCUGAACCUGCCAGUGGUGGGCUCUCAGAUUGUAGGCCUCAUGCCUCUGAGAGCCGUGUUGGACUGUGCUGACUUCUACAUCCAGAGAGACAGGCUCUUCAUUGUGGAGGAGGAGCACAAGGUCCGCCUGGUCAUCAGUAAACUUGGGCUUGAUUCACUUGGGCCUUUCGACCCCAAAGAGAGAAUCAUAGAGUACAUGGUGGAGAGGACUGACAAGGACAAGCGUCUGGUGUCUCUGUCUCUGCAGCAGUUUGUCCGCAGCGUGGGGGCCAGAACCGCUGCUCCAGGAGGAGGGUCAGUCUCUGCUGCCGUCGCUGCAAUGGGGCUGCUCUGGGGAGCCAUGGUGGGUCAGAUGACCUAUGGGAAGAGGCAGUUUGACAGCCUGGACAGUAUCAUGAGGAGACAUCCUCCCUUCCAUCAGGCCAUGAAUGAACUGCUGGUAAUGGUGGACGCAGACUCCAAGGCAUUCAGUCGCUACAUGGCUGCAUUGAAGAUGCCAAGAAACACAACAGAUGAAGUUAGAAGGAGGGAAGCUGCCAUGCAGGAGGGUCUGAAGCAGGCCGUGGAGGUCCCACUGUCUCUGGCUGAACGAGUCAACCUGCUGUGGCCUUGUCUACAGGAAAUGGUGCUCUACGGAAACGUGGCCUGCAAGUCUGACCUCCAGGUAGCGGCUAAAGCCCUGGAAACAGCAGUGUUUGGAGCCUACUACAACGUUGUGAUCAACCUCAAGGAUAUCACAGAUGAGUCCUUCAAAGUGACUACUCAACAGAGAGCAUCAGCUCUACUUACUGAGGCCAGGGAGACUGCUAAUGCAGUCCUGGAUGCUCCAGAGAGAAAAGAGUGAAGUUACCACAUUACCAAAGCAUCACCCUAGGCCUCAAACCAGCCUUUCACAACCAUCAAUUCUAUUACACUUUACAAAAUAAACUGGGUUCACAUAAAUAAAUACUUUAUCAACUA